GCUGGUUAAACUCAUGGACCUGAUACUUUUCUCUUGAGAAUCAAACCAGCCCAAAAGAAAAAUGGCAUUUGUUGCAACACAGGGGGCCACGGUGGUUGACCAGACCACUUUGAUGAAAAAGUACCUUCAGUUCGUGGCAGCUCUCACAGAUGUGAAUACACCUGAUGAAACGAAGUUGAAAAUGAUGCAAGAAGUUAGUGAAAAUUUUGAGAAUGUCACGUCAUCUCCUCAGUAUUCUACAUUCCUAGAACAUAUCAUCCCUCGAUUCCUUACAUUUCUUCAAGAUGGAGAAGUUCAGUUUCUUCAGGAGAAACCAGCACAGCAACUGCGGAAGCUAGUACUUGAAAUAAUUCAUAGGAUACCAACCAAUGAACAUCUUCGUCCUCACACAAAAAAUGUUUUGUCUGUGAUGUUUCGCUUUUUAGAGACGGAAAAUGAAGAAAAUGUUCUUAUUUGUCUAAGAAUAAUUAUCGAGCUACACAAACAGUUCAGGCCACCGAUCACACAAGAAAUUCAUCAUUUUCUGGAUUUCGUAAAACAGAUUUACAAGGAGCUUCCAAAAGUAGUGAACCGCUACUUUGAGAACCCUCAAGUGAUCCCCGAGAACACAGUGCCUCCCCCAGAAAUGGUUGGUAUGAUAACGACAAUUGCUGUGAAAGUCAACCCGGAGCGUGAGGACAGUGAGACUCGAACACAUUCCAUCAUUCCGAGGGGAUCACUUUCUCUGAAAGUGUUGGCAGAAUUGCCCAUCAUUGUUGUUUUAAUGUAUCAGCUCUACAAACUGAACAUCCACAAUGUUGUUGCUGAGUUUGUGCCCUUGAUCAUGAACACCAUUGCCAUUCAGGUGUCUGCACAAGCCAGGCAACAUAAGCUUUACAACAAGGAGUUGUAUGCUGACUUCAUUGCUGCUCAGAUUAAAACAUUGUCAUUUUUAGCUUACAUCAUCAGGAUUUACCAGAGCCAGUGGUUUGAGAAAACCUGCCAUUUUAACAAGUUCAGCAUUUUCCUAGAGAUUCCGAUUCUGGGUCAUGGAGAGGAUCUGGAAAAGUUCAUUCCUUGCAUGGACAAGCUGUUUGAUGAAUCCAUACUAAUUGGCUCAGGAUAUACUGCCCGAGAGACUCUAAGGCCCCUCGCCUACAGCACGCUGGCUGACCUCGUACACCAUGUCCGCCAGCACCUGCCCCUCAGCGACCUCUCCCUCGCCGUCCAGCUCUUUGCCAAGAACAUCGACGAUGAGUCCCUGCCCAGCAGCAUCCAGACCAUGUCCUGCAAGCUCCUGCUGAACCUGGUGGACUGCAUCCGUUCCAAGAGCGAGCAGGAGAGCGGCAAUGGGAGAGACGUCCUGAUGCGGAUGUUAGAGGUUUUCGUUCUCAAAUUCCACACCAUUGCUCGGUACCAGCUCUCUGCCAUUUUUAAGAAGUGCAAGCCUCAGUCAGAACUUGGAGCCGUGGAAGCAGCUCUGCCCGGGGUGCCCACUGCCCCUGCAGCUCCUGGCCCUGCUCCCUCCCCAGCCCCUGAUUGUCGAAGUUUGGUCAAAACCUUGGUGUGUGGUGUCAAGACAAUCACGUGGGGCAUAACAUCGUGCAAAGCGCCUGGUGAAGCUCAGUUCAUUCCCAACAAGCAGUUACAACCCAAAGAGACACAGAUUUACAUCAAACUUGUGAAAUAUGCAAUGCAAGCUUUAGAUAUUUAUCAGGUCCAGAUAGCAGGAAAUGGACAGACAUACAUCCGCGUGGCCAACUGCCAGACUGUGAGAAUGAAAGAGGAGAAGGAGGUGUUGGAGCACUUCGCUGGCGUGUUCACAAUGAUGAACCCCUUAACGUUCAAAGAAAUCUUCCAAACUACGGUCCCUUAUAUGGUGGAGAGAAUCUCAAAAAAUUAUGCUCUUCAGAUUGUUGCCAAUUCCUUCUUGGCAAAUCCUACUACCUCUGCUCUGUUUGCUACGAUUCUGGUGGAAUACCUCCUUGAUCGCCUGCCAGAAAUGGGCUCCAAUGUGGAGCUCUCCAACCUGUACCUCAAGCUAUUUAAGCUGGUCUUUGGCUCUGUCUCCCUCUUUGCAGCUGAAAAUGAACAAAUGCUGAAGCCUCACUUGCACAAGAUUGUGAACAGCUCUAUGGAGCUCGCACAGACUGCCAAGGAACCCUACAACUACUUCUUGCUGCUACGGGCGCUGUUUCGCUCUAUUGGUGGAGGUAGCCACGAUCUCUUGUAUCAGGAGUUCUUGCCUCUCCUUCCAAACCUGCUGCAAGGGCUGAACAUGCUUCAGAGUGGCCUGCACAAGCAGCACAUGAAGGACCUCUUUGUGGAGCUGUGUCUCACUGUCCCCGUGCGGCUGAGCUCGCUCUUGCCGUACCUGCCCAUGCUUAUGGAUCCCUUGGUGUCUGCACUCAAUGGCUCUCAGACGUUGGUCAGCCAAGGCCUCAGGACACUGGAGCUGUGUGUGGACAACCUGCAGCCCGACUUCCUCUAUGACCACAUCCAGCCAGUGCGCGCAGAGCUCAUGCAGGCUCUGUGGCGCACCUUACGCAACCCUGCUGACAGCAUCUCCCACGUGGCCUACCGUGUGCUCGGUAAGUUUGGUGGCAGUAACAGGAAGAUGCUGAAGGAGUCGCAGAAGCUGCACUACGUUGUGACUGAGGUUCAGGGCCCCAGCAUCACUGUGGAGUUUUCCGACUGCAAAGCUUCCCUCCAGCUCCCCAUGGAGAAGGCCAUUGAAACCGCUCUGGACUGCCUGAAAAGUGCCAACACUGAGCCCUACUACCGGAGGCAGGCGUGGGAAGUGAUCAAAUGCUUCCUGGUGGCCAUGAUGAGCCUGGAGGACAACAAGCAUGCACUCUACCAGCUCCUGGCACACCCCAACUUUACAGAAAAGACCAUCCCCAAUGUCAUCAUCUCACAUCGCUACAAAGCCCAGGACACUCCAGCCCGGAAGACGUUUGAGCAGGCCCUGACAGGCGCCUUCAUGUCUGCCGUCAUUAAGGACCUGCGGCCCAGCGCCCUACCCUUCGUCGCCAGCUUGAUCCGCCACUAUACGAUGGUGGCAGUCGCCCAACAGUGUGGCCCUUUCUUGCUGCCUUGCUACCAGGUGGGCAGCCAGCCCAGCACAGCCAUGUUUCACAGUGAGGAAAAUGGCUCGAAAGGGAUGGAUCCUUUGGUUCUCAUUGACGCAAUAGCUAUUUGUAUGGCAUAUGAAGAAAAGGAGCUUUGCAAAAUCGGGGAGGUGGCCCUGGCUGUGAUAUUUGAUGUUGCAAGUAUCAUCCUGGGCUCCAAGGAGAGGGCUUGCCAGCUGCCCCUGUUUUCUUACAUCGUGGAGCGCCUGUGCGCGUGUUGUUAUGAACAGGCGUGGUAUGCAAAGCUGGGGGGUGUGGUGUCUAUUAAGUUUCUCAUGGAGCGGCUGCCUCUCACUUGGGUUCUCCAGAACCAGCAGACAUUCCUGAAAGCACUUCUCUUUGUCAUGAUGGACUUAACUGGAGAGGUUUCCAAUGGGGCAGUCGCCAUGGCAAAGACCACCCUGGAGCAGCUUCUGAUGCGGUGCGCAACGCCUUUAAAAGACGAGGAGAGAGCUGAAGAGAUUGUGGCCGCCCAGGAAAAGUCUUUCCACCAUGUGACACACGACUUGGUUCGAGAAGUCACCUCUCCAAACUCCACUGUGAGGAAGCAGGCCAUGCAUUCGCUGCAGGUGUUGGCCCAGGUCACUGGAAAGAGUGUGACGGUGAUCAUGGAACCCCACAAAGAGGUCCUGCAGGAUAUGGUCCCCCCUAAGAAGCACCUACUCCGACACCAGCCUGCCAAUGCGCAGAUAGGCCUGAUGGAAGGGAACACGUUCUGUACCACGUUGCAGCCCAGGCUCUUCACAAUGGACCUUAACGUGGUGGAGCAUAAGGUGUUCUACACAGAGCUGUUGAAUUUGUGUGAGGCUGAAGAUUCAGCUUUAACAAAGCUGCCUUGUUAUAAAAGCCUUCCGUCGCUCGUACCUUUGCGAAUUGCAGCAUUAAAUGCACUUGCUGCCUGCAAUUACCUUCCUCAGUCCAGGGAGAAAAUCAUAGCUGCACUCUUCAAAGCCCUGAAUUCCACCAAUAGUGAGCUCCAGGAGGCCGGAGAAGCCUGUAUGAGAAAGUUUUUGGAAGGUGCUACCAUAGAGGUCGAUCAAAUCCACACACAUAUGCGACCUUUGCUGAUGAUGCUGGGAGAUUACCGGAGCUUGACGCUGAAUGUUGUGAAUCGCCUGACUUCGGUCACGAGGCUCUUCCCAAAUUCCUUCAAUGAUAAAUUUUGUGAUCAGAUGAUGCAACAUCUGCGCAAGUGGAUGGAAGUGGUGGUGAUCACCCACAAAGGGGGCCAGAGGAGCGACGGAAACGAAAGCAUUUCCGAGUGCGGGAGAUGUCCCUUGUCUCCAUUCUGUCAGUUUGAGGAAAUGAAGAUUUGCUCAGCAAUUAUAAACCUUUUUCAUCUGAUCCCGGCGGCUCCUCAGACGCUGGUGAAACCUUUGCUAGAGGUUGUCAUGAAAACGGAGCGGGCAAUGCUGAUCGAGGCGGGGAGUCCGUUUCGAGAGCCCCUAAUCAAGUUCCUGACUCGGCACCCCUCGCAGACCGUGGAGCUGUUCAUGAUGGAAGCCACCCUGAACGAUCCCCAGUGGAGCAGAAUGUUUAUGAGUUUUUUAAAACACAAAGACGCCAGACCUCUGCGGGAUGUGCUGGCUGCCAACCCCAACAGGUUCAUCACCCUGCUGCUGCCAGGGGGUGCCCAGACGGCCGUGCGCCCUGGCUCACCCAGCACCAGCACCAUGCGCCUGGACCUCCAGUUCCAGGCCAUUAAGAUCAUAAGCAUCAUAGUGAAAAACGAUGACUCCUGGCUGGCCAGCCAGCACUCUCUGGUGAGCCAGUUGAGACGUGUGUGGGUGAGUGAGACUUUCCAAGAGAGGCACCGCAAGGAGAACAUGGCAGCCACCAACUGGAAGGAGCCCAAGCUGCUGGCCUACUGCCUGCUGAACUACUGCAAAAGGAAUUACGGAGAUAUAGAAUUGCUGUUCCAGCUGCUCCGAGCCUUUACUGGUCGUUUUCUCUGCAACAUGACAUUCUUAAAAGAGUAUAUGGAGGAAGAGAUUCCCAAAAAUUACAGCAUCACUCAGAAACGUGCCCUAUUUUUUCGCUUUGUAGACUUCAGUGACCCCAACUUCGGAGAUGAAUUAAAAGCUAAAGUUCUACAGCAUAUAUUGAAUCCUGCUUUCUUGUACAGCUUUGAGAAGGGGGAAGGAGAGCAGCUAUUGGGACCUCCCAAUCCAGAAGGAGAUAACCCAGAAAGCAUCACCAGUGUGUUUAUUACCAAGGUCCUGGACCCCGAGAAGCAGGCGGACAUGCUGGACUCGCUGCGGAUCUACCUGCUGCAGUACGCCACGCUGCUGGUGGAGCACGCCCCCCACCACAUCCACGACAACAACAAGAACCGCAACAGCAAGCUGCGCCGCCUCAUGACCUUUGCCUGGCCCUGCCUGCUCUCCAAGGCCUGCGUGGACCCGGCCUGCAAGUACAGCGGACACUUGCUCCUGGCGCACAUUAUCGCCAAAUUCGCCAUCCACAAGAAGAUCGUCCUGCAGGUUUUUCAUAGUCUCCUCAAGGCUCACGCAAUGGAAGCUCGAGCAAUCGUCAGACAGGCGAUGGCCAUUCUGACCCCGGCGGUGCCGGCCAGGAUGGAGGACGGGCACCAGAUGCUGACCCACUGGACCCGGAAGAUCAUCGUAGAGGAGGGGCACACCGUCCCACAGCUGGUCCACAUUCUGCACCUGAUAGUGCAACACUUCAAGGUGUACUACCCGGUACGGCACCACUUGGUGCAGCACAUGGUGAGCGCCAUGCAGAGGCUGGGCUUCACGCCCAGUGUCACCAUCGAGCAGAGGCGGCUGGCCGUGGACCUGUCUGAAGUUGUCAUCAAGUGGGAGCUGCAGAGGAUCAAGGACCAGCAGCCGGAUUCAGAUAUGGACCCAAAUUCCAGUGGAGAAGGAGUCAAUUCUGUCUCAUCCUCCAUUAAGAGAGGCCUGUCCGUGGAUUCUGCCCAGGAAGUGAAACGCUUUAGAACGGCCACCGGAGCUAUCAGUGCAGUAUUUGGGAGGAGCCAGUCACUACCUGGAGCGGACUCUCUCCUCGCCAAGCCCAUUGACAAGCAGCACACAGACACUGUGGUGAACUUCCUCAUCCGCGUGGCCUGUCAGGUUAAUGACAACACCAACACGGCGGGGUCCCCUGGGGAGGUGCUCUCUCGCCGGUGUGUGAACCUUCUGAAGACCGCGUUGCGGCCAGACAUGUGGCCCAAGUCUGAACUCAAGCUGCAGUGGUUCGACAAGCUGCUGAUGACUGUGGAGCAGCCAAACCAAGUGAACUAUGGGAAUAUCUGCACGGGACUAGAAGUGCUGAGCUUCCUGCUAACUGUCCUGCAGUCCCCAGCCAUCCUCAGUAGCUUUAAACCCCUGCAGCGUGGAAUCGCCGCCUGUAUGACCUGUGGAAACACCAAGGUGUUGCGAGCCGUCCACAGCCUUCUCUCACGCCUCAUGAGCAUUUUCCCAACGGAGCCGAGUACUUCCAGUGUGGCCUCCAAGUAUGAAGAGCUGGAGUGCCUCUACGCAGCUGUUGGAAAGGUCAUCUAUGAAGGGCUCACCAACUACGAGAAGGCCACCAACGCCAAUCCCUCCCAGCUCUUUGGGACCCUUAUGAUCCUCAAGUCUGCCUGCAGCAACAACCCCAGCUACAUAGACCGGCUGAUCUCCGUCUUUAUGCGCUCCCUGCAGAAAAUGGUCCGGGAGCAUUUAAACCCUCAGGCAGCAUCGGGAAGCACCGAAGCCACCUCAGGUACAAGCGAGCUGGUGAUGCUGAGUCUGGAGCUGGUGAAGACACGCCUGGCAGUGAUGAGCAUGGAGAUGCGGAAGAACUUCAUCCAGGCCAUCCUGACAUCCCUCAUCGAAAAAUCACCAGAUGCCAAAAUCCUCCGGGCUGUGGUCAAAAUCGUGGAAGAAUGGGUCAAGAAUAACUCCCCUAUGGCAGCCAAUCAGACACCUACACUCCGGGAGAAGUCCAUUUUGCUUGUGAAGAUGAUGACCUACAUAGAGAAACGCUUUCCGGAAGACCUUGAAUUAAAUGCCCAGUUUUUAGAUCUUGUUAACUAUGUCUACAGGGAUGAGACGCUCUCUGGCAGCGAGCUGACGGCGAAACUUGAGCCUGCCUUUCUCUCUGGGCUGCGCUGUGCGCAGCCACUCAUCAGGGCAAAGUUUUUCGAGGUUUUUGACAACUCCAUGAAACGUCGUGUCUAUGAGCGCCUGCUAUAUGUGACCUGUUCGCAGAACUGGGAAGCCAUGGGGAACCACUUCUGGAUCAAGCAGUGCAUUGAGCUGCUCCUGGCUGUGUGUGAGAAGAGCACCCCCAUUGGCACCAGCUGCCAAGGAGCCAUGCUCCCAUCCAUCACCAACGUCAUCAACCUGGCCGAUAGCCAUGACCGUGCCGCCUUCGCCAUGGUCACGCAUGUCAAGCAAGAGCCCCGGGAGCGGGAGAACAGCGAGUCUAAAGAGGAGGAUGUAGAGAUAGACAUUGAACUAGCUCCUGGGGAUCAGACUAGCACACCCAAAACCAAAGAACUUUCGGAAAAGGACAUUGGAAACCAGCUGCACAUGCUAACCAACAGGCACGACAAGUUUCUGGACACCCUCCGAGAGGUGAAGACUGGAGCACUGCUCAGCGCUUUCGUUCAGCUGUGCCACAUUUCCACGACACUGGCAGAGAAGACGUGGGUCCAGCUUUUCCCCAGAUUGUGGAAGAUCCUCUCUGACAGACAGCAGCAUGCACUCGCGGGCGAGAUAAGUCCGUUCCUGUGCAGCGGCAGUCACCAGGUGCAGCGUGACUGCCAGCCCAGCGCGCUGAACUGCUUUGUGGAAGCCAUGUCCCAGUGUGUGCCGCCAAUCCCCAUCCGACCCUGCGUCCUGAAGUACUUGGGGAAAACACACAACCUGUGGUUCCGGUCCACGCUCAUGCUGGAGCACCAGGCUUUUGAAAAGGGUCUGAGUCUUCAGAUUAAGCCAAAGCAAACAACGGAGUUUUAUGAGCAGGAGAGCAUCACCCCACCGCAGCAGGAGAUACUGGAUUCCCUUGCGGAGCUUUACUCCCUGUUACAAGAGGAAGAUAUGUGGGCUGGUCUGUGGCAGAAGCGGUGCAAGUACUCGGAGACGGCGACCGCAAUUGCUUACGAGCAGCACGGGUUCUUUGAACAGGCACAAGAAUCCUAUGAAAAGGCAAUGGAUAAAGCCAAAAAAGAACAUGAGAGGAGUAAUGCCUCCCCUGCUAUUUUCCCCGAAUACCAGCUCUGGGAAGACCACUGGAUUCGAUGCUCCAAGGAGUUGAACCAGUGGGAAGCCCUGACGGAGUACGGCCAGUCCAAAGGCCACAUCAACCCCUACCUCGUCCUGGAGUGCGCCUGGCGGGUGUCCAACUGGACUGCCAUGAAGGAGGCGCUGGUGCAGGUGGAAGUGAGCUGUCCGAAGGAGAUGGCCUGGAAGGUGAACAUGUACCGCGGAUACCUGGCCAUCUGCCACCCCGAGGAACAGCAGCUCAGCUUCAUCGAGCGCCUGGUGGAGAUGGCCAGCAGCCUGGCCAUCCGUGAGUGGCGGCGGCUGCCCCAUGUGGUGUCCCACGUGCACACGCCUCUCCUGCAGGCAGCCCAGCAAAUCAUUGAACUCCAGGAAGCUGCACAGAUCAACGCAGGCUUACAGCCGACCAACCUGGGGAGGAACAACAGCCUGCACGACAUGAAGACGGUGGUGAAGACCUGGAGGAACCGGCUGCCCAUCGUGUCUGACGACUUGUCCCACUGGAGCAGCAUCUUCAUGUGGAGGCAGCAUCAUUACCAGGGUAAACCGACCUGGUCCGGCAUGCAUUCAUCAUCGAUUGUAACUGCCUAUGAGAAUAGCUCUCAGCAUGAUCCCAGUUCAAAUAACGCUAUGCUUGGGGUUCACGCAUCAGCUUCAGCAAUCAUCCAGUACGGAAAAAUCGCCCGGAAACAAGGACUGGUCAAUGUAGCUCUGGAUAUAUUAAGUCGGAUUCAUACUAUUCCAACUGUUCCUAUCGUGGAUUGCUUCCAGAAGAUUAGACAGCAAGUUAAAUGCUACCUCCAGCUGGCAGGCGUCAUGGGCAAAAACGAGUGCAUGCAGGGCCUUGAAGUUAUUGAAUCUACAAAUUUAAAAUACUUCACAAAAGAGAUGACAGCCGAAUUUUAUGCACUGAAGGGAAUGUUCUUGGCUCAGAUCAACAAGUCCGAGGAGGCAAACAAAGCCUUCUCUGCAGCCGUGCAGAUGCACGAUGUGCUGGUGAAAGCCUGGGCCAUGUGGGGUGACUACCUGGAGAACAUCUUCGUGAAGGAGCGGCAGUUGCACCUGGGCGUGUCUGCCAUCACCUGCUACCUGCACGCCUGCCGGCAUCAAAACGAGAGCAAAUCGAGGAAAUACUUAGCCAAGGUGCUGUGGCUUUUGAGUUUUGAUGAUGACAAAAACACUUUGGCAGAUGCCGUCGACAAGUACUGCAUUGGUGUGCCACCCAUCCAGUGGCUGGCCUGGAUCCCACAGCUGCUCACCUGCCUGGUCGGCUCGGAGGGAAAGCUGCUCUUGAAUCUCAUUAGCCAGGUUGGACGCGUGUAUCCCCAAGCGGUCUACUUUCCCAUCCGGACCCUAUACCUGACCCUGAAAAUAGAACAGCGGGAACGCUACAAGAGCGAUCCAGGGCCCAUAAGAGCAACAGCACCCAUGUGGCGCUGCAGCCGAAUCAUGCACAUGCAGCGAGAGCUCCACCCCACCCUUCUGUCUUCCCUGGAAGGCAUCGUCGAUCAGAUGGUCUGGUUCAGAGAAAAUUGGCAUGAAGAGGUCCUCAGGCAGCUCCAACAGGGCCUGGCGAAAUGUUACUCCGUGGCGUUUGAGAAAAGCGGAGCGGUGUCCGAUGCUAAAAUCACCCCCCACACUCUCAAUUUUGUCAAGAAGUUGGUGAGCACGUUUGGGGUGGGCCUGGAGAAUGUGUCCAACGUCUCGACCAUGUUCUCCAGCGCAGCCUCCGAGUCUCUGGCCAGGCGGGCGCAGGCCACUGCACAAGACCCUGUCUUUCAGAAGCUGAAAGGCCAGUUCACGACGGAUUUUGACUUCAGCGUUCCAGGAUCCAUGAAGCUUCAUAAUCUUAUUUCUAAGUUGAAAAAGUGGAUCAAAAUCUUGGAGGCCAAGACCAAGCAACUCCCCAAAUUCUUCCUCAUAGAGGAAAAGUGCCGGUUCUUGAGCAAUUUCUCGGCACAGACAGCUGAAGUGGAAAUUCCCGGGGAGUUUCUGAUGCCAAAGCCAACGCAUUAUUACAUCAAGAUUGCGCGGUUUAUGCCCCGGGUAGAGAUUGUGCAGAAGCACAACACCGCAGCCCGGCGGCUGUACAUCCGGGGACACAACGGCAAGAUCUACCCGUACCUCGUCAUGAACGACGCCUGCCUCACGGAGUCACGGCGAGAGGAGCGUGUGUUGCAGCUGCUGCGUCUGCUGAACCCCUGUUUGGAGAAGAGAAAGGAGACCACCAAGAGGCACUUGUUUUUCACAGUGCCCCGGGUUGUGGCGGUUUCCCCGCAGAUGCGCCUCGUGGAGGACAACCCCUCUUCACUUUCCCUUGUGGAGAUCUACAAGCAGCGCUGCGCCAAGAAGGGCAUCGAGCACGACAACCCCAUCUCCCGUUACUACGACCGGCUGGCUACGGUGCAGGCGCGGGGAACCCAAGCCAGCCACCAGGUCCUCCGCGACAUCCUGAAGGAGGUUCAGAGUAACAUGGUGCCACGCAGCAUGCUCAAGGAGUGGGCGCUGCACACCUUCCCCAACGCCACGGACUACUGGACGUUCCGGAAGAUGUUCACCAUCCAGCUGGCUCUGAUAGGCUUCGCGGAAUUCGUCCUGCAUUUAAAUAGACUCAACCCCGAGAUGUUACAGAUCGCUCAGGACACUGGCAAACUGAAUGUUGCCUACUUUCGGUUUGACAUAAACGACGCCACUGGAGACCUAGAUGCCAACCGUCCUGUCCCGUUUCGACUCACGCCCAACAUUUCUGAGUUUCUGACUACCAUCGGUGUCUCCGGCCCGUUGACGGCAUCCAUGAUUGCGGUUGCCCGGUGCUUCGCCCAGCCGAACUUUAAGGUGGACGGCAUUCUGAAAACGGUUCUCCGGGAUGAGAUCAUUGCUUGGCACAAAAAAACGCAGGAGGACACGUCCUCUCCUCUCUCGGCCGCCGGGCAGCCGGAGAACAUGGACAGCCAGCAACUGGUGUCCCUGGUUCAGAAAGCCGUCACCGCCAUCAUGACCCGCCUACACAACCUCGCCCAGUUCGAAGGUGGGGAAAGCAAGGUGAACACCCUGGUGGCCGCAGCGAACAGCCUGGACAAUCUGUGCCGCAUGGACCCCGCCUGGCACCCCUGGCUGUGACCGCGGCCGCCACGGCCACCCGCAAUGUGAAGGGCGCCCUGGGCUCUGAGCCCGCAGCUUAUACGACUUGUCCCUGCCUCGUUCCUUUUAUUCUCAGAAGCCCCGCGGUUCCACUGGGUUGCAGUUAUUUUCCUGGUAGUUGGUGUGUGAGAGGGAGAAUUUAGUUUUAGAGGAAGCUGAACUAUGACGACGCUGGGCGAGGCGGUUAGAAGUGGCAGAGCUGAAACUUCCUCCAAGCUUUUAAAAUAAUCUUUUAAGAAACCAGGAUUCUCCGGUCUGGAAUUUCUGAGUGAGCCCUUUUUUUAUGGUGUCCUCUGUCUGUGAACGUACAGGCGGGACUGUGCGAACCGCUCCUUACCAUCCAUUUUUAACUCUUUCGGAAAUAACACCUCACAGCAGCUUCCUGCUUUUGUACAGACCUUUGUAACAAGUGUACAGAAAACCCGUUUGGUUUGAGAAACAGAUGAUGAACCCAUCGUGCUGGUUUUUCUCUGAGCACAAACUUUUAGGCUGUACGCAGCCAGCCUUGGGAGUCUCGUUGAGUGUCCGGCGUGGAUCCACAGGGCCAGAUCACCCUGCGGGAGCGCCACACGCACCCACUUUGGAUUCAGCGGGUGAAGACAGAACUCUGAGAGUCUGCAGGCAGCUCCUGUGCUUUUUAUUUCCGGCUCUUCAGAUGUCUUCUAGACAUUUACUAUCAUUGCACCUGAAUAAAAAAUCACUUUUACCUUCCUAAUUUAAAAAGACAAAACAGAAAUGUAUGUUCCUUCGCUACCUUUAGUCUUUCUGUUCACAUUUUUAUAAAUCUGAACAUUGAGAAUGUUCUAUCUAAAUUUGUACAGUGUGAUUUUUUUUAGAAUAAAUAUUUUAUAAAAGGG